AUGAAUGAUAGCUCAAUCUUGGACCAAUGGAAAGCAAGUUUCUUUGUGGAGGAGUUCCUUGAGAAAAAAACAGUUACAGGAAUGGCGACUCAGAUUAACUAUGAAUUUGAGGAAGUUGUUCCAAGUUCAAAUCCAAAUUCCCAAAAUGAAUUCGAGGAAGCCACGUUACACACUCCUAAGGACUACAGUGAAGUUUUUACGCCCAUCAGUUGUUCAGAAAAAUGGCCAUUACUUCAAGCAACAAACCAAGAAUUGUUUAUUGAUGAAGAAAUCAUUUUUACCUGUAAAAGUCAGCUACCAACCUUACAUGCUCUACUGAAUAGGCUAAAACUGUAUUUGGUAAAGGACCCCCUUUCAGAUUUUAAAGAGCAAGUCUUCACAGAAGCUAUUUUUUUGAGUGAACGCUUCCCUUUUCAAGGAGAUUUCAAAGGUCUUGCGAAAGAAGAUUUUUACAUGGAUGAAGAGAAAUUUUAUAAAGAGAAGCUAGAAGAUACAGCAGAUUUAAAUGACAUAUUGUUUUUGGUAAGAUAUGAAUUCUUAAUACCUACAGGCCUCAAACAAGUUGAUAUUCCAUCACUUUCAGAACUGAAGGAAUUAUUAAACAUAAUGCCAGAAAUAAUAAAUUAUGAAGAUGAAAAUGAAAAGCUUUUCAAAAGAGAUCUUACUACCAAGCAUGGAAUAGACAUUGAGGAUAUAAAAUGCAGCCCCACAGAGAUUUUGGCCAUUCAAAGCAAAUAUGAACCAGAACAUAGCAAACCAGAGCACAGUGAACCAGAAGAGUUAGAAAUGCCAUUAACUUACCUACACCUAAAAAAUGAAUAUUCUUCUGUGAACUCAUUACGUACAGGACUUCAGACAUUUCCAUUUUCUCCUAUCUCUAAAAUUAAUUUGCUUACUGAUGAAGAAUCAGCUAACAGUUACUCUGGGAUGUGGCAAUUAGAAAGCUGUAGAAGCUUUUUGAACCUAUUUUUACUUCCAGUGCCAAGAACUGAAGAGCCCAAUAGUCAAUAUUCAGUUACAGAUUUGAAAAAGAUACUUUCUAUUGAAGAAGAAAGCCUUGUCAUUACUCCCGUAAGCCCAGAGUGGUGGAAACAAGCAGGACUAAAUCUGAUAGAGACAGACACCUUGGAACAUCUGACUACAUAUCAUGAUCUGUCUUCUGAUGAUACUAAAAUGGAGAUAUUUUUGCCUACAAAAGUGUUGCAAUUAGAAUCAUGGCUAGACCAUACAAGUAUUUCCUCACCUAUUGAACUUAUUAACGAGGAAUCUAUAAGUGAUAAUUUAUCACUUCCACAAAAAAGUCCAUCUCCAAUAAAAGAAGUGCCAGACCUGUGUUUUUCUGAUGAAUAUAUCUCUCUUAGAAGUCCAAAACAACAAGAAAAAACAAAAAUUGAUCAAGAACUAGUUUACAGAAUAAUACAAAAUGAAGAAAAUAACGAUUACUUGCAACUUGAUUGUACAGUACUAUCUACUGAAUCAUCUCCCUCUUCAAAAAUUGGAAAAGCGUCUUAUAAACAUGGUAAAAAACGGGAGAGUAAUUUAGACCUUUUGAAUGACUUUAUGAUGCUGCGAAAUAAACAAACUUGCACCUCAAAGACUGAAGUCACAGACAUUGAUGAGAAAGAUGAUGAAGAAGAACAUUCUUCAACUCUUCCAGAAGAAAGUCCUAUUGUUUGUACUAAUAAAACUCUAGAGAAAAUAAAUCAAGAAAAGGGAAUAGAUAAUGUCAUUGAAAUUCAAGCAUCAGAUAGCCAGUGCAAAGCAUACUGUAUCCUAGAAGCAGCAGCUACUCCUAUCUUAAAAAAGCUUGCAUGCUUCUGUACUCUUCCUGUUGCUAAUUGGAAAUUUGCCACUGUUGUUUUUGACCAAACAAGGUUUCUCUUAAAGGAACAAGAAAAAGUAAUAAGUGAUGCUCUUCACCAAGAUACAAAUGAUGAAAGAGAAACGACGUUCAAGCAUGCUGCUCUCUUACACCUUCUGGUAUCAAUUAGAGAUGUCCUUUUAACAUGUAGCUUGGACACAGCAUUGGGAUAUUUGUCAAAUGCAAAAGAUGUCUACAAAAGUAUUUUAGGCUCUUAUUUGGAUGAUAUUUGGAGGCAGUUAGAAAUUGUACAGUUCAUUAGGAAAAAAAAGCCUGAAACCAACUACAAGAUACAAGAAUUACAAUGUCAGAUACUAAAUUGGAUGCAAAGUAAACAGCAAAUUAAGGUGCUGAUCAUAAUAAGAAUGGACUCUGAUGAUGAAAAACAUUUACUCAUUGAAAUCCUUAGCAAAAUGGAAGGUUUAACAUUGACUGUCUUACAUUCAAACAAAAGAAAAGAUUUUCUGGAAUCUGAAGGUGUUUUAAAUGGUAACAGUUCCUGUGUAGUCGUACCUAAUGAAUACAUUGGAGCAGAUUUCUCCUGGAGUAAUUUCUCAUUUGUCGUGGAAUACAAUUAUGUAGAAAACUCUUGUUGGACUAAACACUGUGAAAAGUUGAAUAUUCCAUACAUGGCUUUUAAAGUGAUUCUUCCAGAUACAGUUUUAAAUAGAAGCACUUUGCUGGAUAGUUUUGGUGGUUUUCUUUUGGAAAUUCAGAUUCCAUAUGUGUUUUUUGCAUCUGAAGGACUUCUUAAUACUCCACAAAUUCUUCAGUUGCUAGAAUCCAAAUAUAAUAUCACACUAGUGGAGAGAUGCUGUAGUGAGUCAUUGAAACUCUUUGGUGGUACAGAGUAUUAUGUACUGAUGACGAUUGAUGAACACACUGCCAUAAUUUUGCAGGACCUAAAAGAAUUGAAUUGUGAGAAGUCAUCAGACAAUAUCAUUAUGAGACUGAUGGCAUUAUCAUUCCAGUACAGCUAUUGUUGGAUAAUUUUGUAUACCAAAAAUACAUUAAACUCGGAGUACCAUCUUACGGAAAAGACACUUUAUCACUUAGCAUUGAUUUAUGCAGCUUUGGUUUCAUCUGGGCUAAAAUCAGAAGAACUGGAUGUAAAGCUUAUAAUGUCUCCAGGAGUGGAAGAAACUGCACUGAUAAUUCGACAAAUUGCUGACCACAAUUUAAUGACCUCAAAGAGAGAUCCUCGUGAAUGGUUGGAUAAAUCCUGGCUUGAAGUUUCACCAUCUAAGGAAGAAACAUACUUACUUGAUUUUCCAUGUAUUAACCCAUUGGUGGCUCAGCUCAUGUUAAAUAAAGGACCUUCACUACAUUGGAUAUUACUAGCGACGCUUCAUGAACUUCAGGAACUCCUACCUGAAGUUCCAGAAAAAGUGUUAAAGCAUUUUUGUGGCACUACUUCCUUAUUCAAGAUUAAUUCUUCUUCCAUAACAAAAUCACCUCAAAUUUCAUCUCCUCGGGAAAAUAGGAAUCGGAUUAGUAACUUUUCUUCUCAGAGUUCAGCUUCUGACUCUUCACAGUCUGUUAUUCAAGAAAAUAAUGAAUAUUACCAGUAUUCAGACUUAAGAGAGACAGUGCAGGAAGACACAAACACCACUUCAAAUUAUAAUUCUUCCCUUAUGGAACUAAGAGAAAUGCCAAGUAUUUCACCACCUAUGACUUCUUACAGUCAGACCAGAUACUGGAGAGACUCCAGUUGUAACCCUAACAAAGUACAGAAUAAUCCUUUUCUGGUUAAUACAGAAUCAAGGAACUCGGCCGGUAACUCCUUUCUAAACCAGAAUGAUUCACAGUCAGAUGUCUUUUCUUUGGGUCUAACACAAAUGAAUUGUGAAACCAGAAUAUCAUCAACUGACACUCAGAAGCGUAUUGCCUCUAAUUUUAUAAAUUAUCAGAAAAAGGGAACAUAUGAAGCAAGAAGACCUAUAAAUAAAGAGGUAUCUGCCCCUAUCUUCUCACUAGAAGGCUCUCAAUCGCCUCUUCAUAGGAACUUUAAGAAAAAUGUAUGGGAACAACAGAAACACCCAUUCAACUUACAGUAUGGUGCAGAGCAGACUACAUGUGACAAAUGGUACUCUCAGAAAGAUAAUUUGUUCACUAAUCAGCAAAAAUGUCUAUCCGAUGAGUCAGAAGGCUUCAUGUGUGAAAGUUCAAAUGCUGGAACUAAAAAGAGUUUCUGGAAAGAAUUACCAUCUGUUCCCAGUUUGGAUUUCUUUCAUGCCUCUGAUUCUAAUGUAAAUCAAAAAGAAUACAACAGUCUUUGUUUCUACCAAAGAACUGGAAAAUGUUUAGGACAGAAAAGGCAGUCUGAAUCUUCAUCAACCUCAGGAGACAAGAAAUCAUUAACAGAUUUCAUGUGCUCACAACUACCGCAAUGCAAAAAACGACGUCUUGUGUAUGAAAAAGUCCCUGGGAGAGUUGAUGGACAAACUCGUCUGAAGUUUUUUUGAAAGAGAAAGAAUAGUGCUACAUGCCACAUCCCAUUGUUUUUGAUGAUCACCCAGUAACAAAAUGAUUUACAUUUGGUCAUACAUUAAAGGAAAUGCAAUUGUUCGGA